GUUCCAUUCCGUGGCAACUCCAUCUUAUCACCUAUCACCUAUCACAAUGUCCAAGACUACUACUUUACGUUUCAGAUUUAGUCUUAAGAAGCCAGACUUUAGCAGUCUUUAUAACUUUAUUCCCGGACACAAAUCUUCAUCAAGCCAGUCUUCCGUCUCAUCGACAUCAUCAGUCAAAGUCGACACCACCUCAUCUCCUCAAUGCAUUACUACAUUCCCAGUUCGUGUACACAAAGAUGACGCUGAAAUAUCCCAAGGUGCGCUCGACGCCCGGGGCAACUUCAAGAAUCUUCUUCCAGAUGCCGAAACUCGACCUCACUCCGCAGGACCUCACGGCAACUUCUUCGCUACAUGUUGGCCUGAAAGUAGGAUGGAUAGGGUGAAACUAGGUACAGAGAUUAUCGAGACGCUAUGGCUGUACGACGAUGUCAUUGAAGAAAUUCCACAUAGCGGGGCCCAGGAAGCUCACGCUCAAGUCCGAGAUUCUUUGGUCGGAGUGCCCGAAAAGGGCAAAUCGAGCUCCAAGCGUCAUAUGGCUAGCCUAUUCAAGGACUUUGGUCAGCGCGUAGCAAAAAUGGAUGAAAAAGGGGCACCACGUGUCAUAGACACAAUAAAGUCUUACCUUGAAAAUUAUGACAGCCAAAAGAACCCACUGGUUACGAUAGAAGAAUACACCGAGUUUAGGAGGUUGAAUGUUGGGUUUGGGAUUAUGGAGGGCUUCAUGCAGUGGACCCUGGAUAUCCACCUUGACCAGACCGAGGUCGAGGCCACUCGGGAUUAUUAUCUCUCCAGUGGGCGCGUAAUGGGCCUGACCAAUGACCUGUACUCGUGGACCGUCGAACGAACAGAAUCCGCAGAUCGACAAUGGAAUGCGGUACCAAUCAUCAUGAGACAAUACAACAUGACCGAGAGGGAUGCUACCAUCUACUUAAGAGGAUUGAUAGUGUAUCACGAGCAAGAAACUCGAAGACUAGGUCUGGAAGUCCUGAAAAGAACUGGGGAUACGCCGAGGAUGGUAAGAUAUGUGGAGGCGAUGGGACUCAUGCUGGGAGGAAACUGUUUCUGGAGCGCGACCUGUCCACGGUAUAAUCCAGAUCCGUAG